AUGACACUGGCCCUAUCCCACGCCUCUGGAGGCCCUCGCAGCCGCUGGGAGCUGGGGGGCGUUCCUCCACAAAACCUUGAUCUGGAGCUUCGACAAUGCAGGCCUCCAUGUUGGGCCGAGGAGGAGAAGAAGGGGAAGAAGGGGGGCACGUCGGGGGUGCUGGUCGAGCGUGCCAUCGAGGACGUUGAUGACGGCAGCAUGGGCGAGGCCGGGGAGGAGAUCAUGGUUGAUGCUUUCCCCCCUGGAUUUGUUGACCUGGAACAAGAGGGUAAGGUGGAUGUGAGAACGGAAGCGCACGCCGUGGUGCAGGAUGUCGUGGUGUCCGAAGCACCUGAGGUGCCGGAACCAGAGGUGAAGAGUGAGGAGGUGGUGGUCCGGGACACAACCAAGGUGCAUCCUGUGCAUCAACCAGAGACGAAGGCCGAUGAGGUGCAGGUCAGGGAUACGGACAAGGUUGUUCUGGUGCAGGAAAUGGAAGCAAAGGGUGAGGUGUCACGGUCUCGUGAGGCAGCUGGUGCACAGACUACAGAGGUACAACGGGGGCAGGCAGUGGCGGUGGCUGCUGCUUAG